GGGGGGGGGGGGGGGGGAUCUCCGUGCUAAACUGCUGAGCAGGCGGAGCCGCUGCAGAUAUAAGGCACUUCCCCGGAGGCUCCGCGGCUGAGCCCGUGUGGUGGCGGCUGCAUAGCUCGGUCCGGGCUUGAAGAGGGGUGGUCGCCUGGGCCUUGUAGAAAUGAGUGAUAUGGAUUCCUACAAGGUUGUGCUGGAGGGUCCACCACCAUGGGGGUUCCGGUUGCAGGGUGGCAAGGACUUCAACAUGCCAUUAUCCAUCUCUCGGCUUACCCCUGGGGGCAAGGCAGCCCAGGCAGGUGUGGGAGCAGGUGACUGGGUGCUAAGCAUCGAUGGGGAGAACACUAGCACCUUGACUCAUAUCGAAGCACAGAACAAGAUCCGUGCCUGCGGAGAUAAGCUUGCCCUGAGCCUGAGCAGAGUCCAAAACCUGCUCGGCAAACCUCAGAAGGAUUCACUCCCUUCCUCUGAGCUCCCGAAAUAUAACUUUGCUCCCAGCACUGCCCUCAACAAAACAGCCCGGCCUUUUGGGACCACUUCAGUUCCAAACUCCCUGCCUGGGCUGGUGAUGAAACCCGUGCCGUACACUCCCUCAGCGUCUGUCUGCACCACACAGCACAAUGGCCAGGUCUCCAAACCGGAUCUGUCUUCUGUGCCAGCCUUGCAAGUGGAUCCUGGAUAUGGCUCUGUUGUCCCGAAGCCUGCACCUGCCUCUGGCCCUAACAGUCGCCCACCCUGGGCUGUGGAUCCUUCCUUUGCCGAGCGCUAUGCCCCAGACAAAACCAGCACAGUACUGAGCAAGCACAGCCAACCAGCCACCCCAACACCUAUGCAGAACCGCAACUCCAUUGUUCAGGCUGCACAGCAACCACCUGAGAGUGCCAGCAAAACACCCAUCUGCUAUCAGUGCAACAAGAUCAUCAGGGGGCGGUAUCUGGUAGCCCUGGGACGCUACUAUCAUCCUGAAGAGUUCACUUGCUCGCAGUGCAGGAAGGUGCUGGAUGAGGGUGGCUUUUUUGAAGAGAAAGGCUCCAUCUUCUGCCCCAAGUGUUAUGACAUGCGCUAUGCCCCAAACUGUGCCAAGUGCAAGAAGAAGAUCACAGGGGAAAUUAUGCAUGCACUGAAGAUGACCUGGCAUGUUCAGUGUUUUGUUUGUGCUGCUUGCAAAACACCUAUCCGCAAUCGAGCCUUCUACAUGGAAGAAGGGCAGCCGUACUGUGAGAGAGAUUACGAGAAGAUGUUUGGAACCAAAUGCCGUGGCUGUGAUUUCAAGAUAGAUGCUGGUGACCGUUUCCUAGAGGCACUGGGCUUCAGCUGGCAUGACACUUGCUUCGUCUGUGCGAUCUGCCAGAUCAACUUGGAGGGAAAGACGUUCUACUCCAAAAAGGAUAAGCCUCUGUGCAAGAGUCAUGCUUUCUCCCAUGUGUGAAGAGUGGGAGGGGGUGGGGAUGGGGGGAGGCAGUCCUGACUACCCAAGCUGUUGCCCAGCCCCUGUAUUUCCUUCUCACCACAUUGUUGUCCUGUCUUGUUUGUAGAGCUGGGCCCAGAUCUCUCACUUGACAAUCAUUCCCAGUUGGGGGCAGAAUGCUCAGGGUUCCCUUUGGGAAAAUUCAGCUACAUGGAUUCAAACCACUGCUUUUCAAUACUACUUCAUUCUGCACAAGCGCCAGGCAGGGAACACCACCCAUUCCUGCCUGUGGGGCCAUAGUGUCCUUAGCUAGCCCAACAGACUGGCCUACACCUCUGUAACUUGUACAGUUGCAGCCAAGGAGGGGAUGCCCUUGGAAUGUUAUUGUAUAGCUGAAGGGCUGCUGUUGAGGACUGGGCCUCCUGUUCUGCCUAGGCUCAUCCACACAUGACAAGUUGGCUGACUGUGGUCUGGAAGUUCCGUUCUGGGAACUUAAUUCCCAGCUGCCGGGGGCAGGGGGGAGGGUCUUCAUAUUGAAUCAGGACUUUAGCCUGUUCCAUUUGCCUAACCUAAAAUUGCCCAGGGUUGCUUCUUUUUCCCCACUGAGGCAUCUUAUAUUUACUAAUGGCUACAGAGAACUUUUCCCAAUAGAGAACAUAUAGCAGGUCCCAUUUUUCAGCUAGGAAAACAGCAGGGGGGGGGGGCAGGACCUGAAUCUCCCAUGAUCCAAAUUGGGCCCUCACAUUGGAAUUUGCUUUCCAUUCAGUAACUGCCAGCGUCUAUCUGGUACCUGCCAUCAGGUAUCCUGUACAAAUGUAUCCAUUAUAGUGUCCACUAUGAAUUUAUAGCUGGUGAAUUGGCUCUCAAAUGUAUGAUGGAGGGGAUUUGCAUAUAUCCUUUUGGGUAGCAGCUCUUCCCAAACCUUGACUCUGGAUGACGAUUGUUCUCUUUACUGGUGCUUGUUUUGCAGUGGAAUUAGCACAUUUCUCCCCCAGAAAAGGAAUGCAAUAAGGGAAUGAUCCAGGCUAGUUUUGUCAUGUCUGUCCUUUUGUCCACAUUUGACACUUUAUCAGCAAAGGACCACACCCAUCUAUAAGUAAAUUGCUUUUUCCAAAGCUUAGACCAAAAAAAAAAAAGUAUUACCUCCUCCCAACCCCAAAAGCUUUAUCUGUUACUAAGUAUUAGCAGAGAAGGCCCUAUCUCCGGGGCAAAUCACUGUGCUGUAAGUUGUGGCCAAUAAAUAAAUAAAAUAAUUCUGGGUGUCAUGGAGAAAAGAGGUGCUGCAAGAUCCAACCUCUUCUCCACACCAGCAUAAGCUGCUUCUCUUGCAUUGUAAGAUAAACAUUCGCUUCCCAGUUCACGGUGCUGCAUCAGCUUGUAGCUCACAGCCCUGGACUGUAUGUGACCCUGGAGCUUCCCUACCAAAGAGUUAUUAUUAUUUUUGUUUGUGCUGUAAGUCUGUCUCCCUGGACCGUGCUGUCCGGCUGGGCGUCUGUCAUUCUUUGCCACUUCAGUGGUGCCUUUAGUGCCUAAUAAAUAUUCACUUUUAA